AUGAAGUCAUUAGUGAUCAUGGGAUUCAUAGCCUUGCUCAGUCGUACAGCUCGAAUUAGGCUUACUGCCAAUGCCUUUCAAUUGAAUACGGCACGGGCAACAACAGUUGCCUCCCAACAAGGACGACGUCAAAUGAGUUCCUACGACGACGAUCAAGGAAGGCGCAUCCGGGGCCAGCCAGCAGAAAAGGAUGCGUGGGAUGACGAUGGCGACAGUUGGGGGGAACCUAGUCGUGAGAGAGCAGGAGGUGACAGCUGGGGGGCACCUGGUCGUGACAGAGGAGGCGACAGAGGACGAGGCGGAGACCGUCCCAGAGAUGACGAUGGUUGGGGUUCUUCGGCAAAUGUCAAGGAGGAUAUUGGUGGUGGUGGAUGGGACGAUUUUGAUGUCGAUAGCUACACAUCAUCGGCACCUAGACGAAGCAAUUCAGCUCCUCGAAGACGAACAGACAGUCGUGGAGGUCGAGGACGAGGUGGUAGAGGCGGUUCCGAUGGAUGGCGAGGACGUGGUGGUGAUAGACGAGGUGGUAGAGGCGAUUCAGAUGAAUUUCGCGGACGAGGUGAUCGAAGAGGUGGCAGAGGCGAUUCCGAUGGCUAUCGAGGUCGAGGUGGUAGAGGUGAUCGGCAAUCCAAUGACAGAGACACCCGGCAACGGUUCGGUUUGAAUAAUCCAAGAGAACAAAAGAAAGAACGAGCAAUCAAUAUGAAUGGCUUGGAAACUGCUGGAUUUGUGCAUCUUUAUGGACUAUCCUCAGUCUUGAACGCACUAAAGGCAGAAAGGAGAGACCUGACGACUAGCCAAGAAAAAUCAGAAUUGUGGACCGGCGAAGAAGAAGAAGAUGUUGAAAUAGAGAAUCGUACUCCUCCUCCACCACAGGCUCAAUUUCGCCCAUACCUCUUUGUCCAAGACAAAGAGUUCACGCAACGUAGAGGAUCCAAAGCAGAACAAGAAAAGCAGGCUCUGGAACUUGCCGAAGUACACGGGAUUCCAGUCGCUCGUGUCGACAAGGGUAUCUUGAAUACUCUCAGUGGCAAUCGUCCACAUCAAGGAAUGGUGUUGAGAUGCGGCAAGCUCUUCUUUGAAUCACAAUCCAGAAUCAAUCCUCCGCGCGAUAGUACCGAGCCCAAGUUGUGGCUAGUGUUGGAUGAGGUGGUGGAUCCGCAAAACUUGGGUGCACUGAUCCGUUCAGCGUAUUUUUUGGGAGGUCAACAAAAGCUAGGUGUCAUGGUGUGUAGCAAGAACUCGGCCCCUCCUACACCGGUGGUCAGCGCGGCAAGUGCUGGUGCUUUGGAGGUUCAAACCAUCUACAGUACCAACAAUUUGCCUAGGACAUUACAGCACGCGGCAGAAGAUGGGUUUAGGAUCAUUGGUGCUUCCUCAUCGGUUCCAUCAACAAGAGACGAAAACCCACCACCUAUGUAUGACUUGCAAGCUUUGCCAGCAAUUGGUGGCGAAGAUGACCGUCCAGCCAUCCUUGUCCUAGGGUCUGAAGGAUACGGGUUACGAACCAUGGUGGCGAAGGCAUGUACAGAGUUUGUACGCAUUCCUUCUGGAGUUUCCACAAGUGCUGACGAUGAAAUGGAAGAUAGUGAAAAGGAUGUUGAUUCAUUGAAUGUCAGUGUGACUGGAGGGAUCUUGCUGUGGCAUAUGCUUAGUGGAGUUCAAUAA